AUUGAUUUUGUUUUUUUCAGAAGCAUCUCACAGUUUUACGAAUACUAUCUGCUAUUAAACGUGUGCCAUAAACGAAACAUGUUUGCUGUUUUGUUCACAUUGCUAGUGGUUGUGGCCAUUUCUUACUACUAUCGAUUCCGACGGUCGCGCAGACGAUUGUAUGAAUUGGCGGCCAAACUUCCGGGACCGUUCGAUUUACCAUUGAUCGGUAGCAUCCACGUAGCCUUCCGAAGAGACCCAUCGGAAAUGUUGGACUAUUUGGUUCAACACUUGCACAACUUAACGACGCCGUUGCGGGCCUGGCUGGGACCAUUUCUCUUUAUUGUCAUAGAUCAACCGGAGCAUCUAGCUAUCGUCCUGAACUCGCAGGACUGCAUCAAACGAGCAAGUGUGUACAAAUUUGUAGGACUUGAGAAGGGAGUGUUCAAUGCAGCGCCGGAUCUGUGGAGAAAACUUCGGAAGCAGCUCAAUCCUUCGUUUGCCGUCCCCGCCUUGAAAAGCUUUGUGCCAACAUUUAACGAAAAAGCUGACUUACUGGUGAAGAAUUUGGAGUGCAUGGUCGGAGAGAAACCAUUCGAUAUCUUGUAUCAGGCGAGUGAAUAUAUGCUCGCGACAAGUGCGAUCAAUUCGCUGGGAUUGGAUAUGGACGAUGACAGUAAUUACAAGCAACGCUAUUUGAAGAACGCUGAACAAAUGUUCACACUCGUAAUGAAUCGCAUUUUGAAGGUCUGGUUAUAUCCAGAUUUUAUCUACAAGCUAACAUCUAGCUACCGGGAAGAGAUGAACCGCCGUGAUAUGUUCCAAGGAGUAUCGAAAAGGGUGUUUUCAAUGCGUAAAGAGGCCAGACAGAAGAGUUCAAAAUCAGCGACAACUGCCGAGCGAGAUGAGACCAACGCCCGUCGUCCUCAGCUUUUCAUCGAUAAAUUGGAAGAUAUUGCCAACAAAACAGGAAUUUUGGACGAGGAUGGUGUGAUUCAAAACUUGGACACCUUCAUAUUUGCCAGCAACGAUACGACGUCGGCCGCUGUGGCUAUAACCGUGCUCAUGCUAGCAAUGCAUCCAGACGUACAAGAACGCCUCUUCCAGGAAGUUAUCAAUACGGUUCCAGGCUCUUACAUCGAUUAUGAUGAUUUAUCGAAACUUGCCUAUUUGGAAAUGGUUAUCAAGGAGGCGAUCCGUCUGUUCCCUAUUGUUCCAGCGGUUGCACGCUUAUGCGAGAAAGAAUUUCAAGUUGGCGACUUCAUAAUUCCAGUGAACGCUCAGAUUGGGAUUCCGGUAAUCAAGAUCAAUCGGAAUAAGGAAGUCUGGGGUGAAAAGUCGGAGCAAUUUGAUCCGGAAAAUUUUUCUGCGGAGAACUGUGCAAAGCGGCACCCAUACGCAUAUCUGAGCUUCAGUGGGGGCAUUAGAAACUGUAUAGGUAUCAAGUAUGCAAUGAUAGCCAUAAAAAUCGGUCUUAUCAAACUCAUAAAGAGCUAUACACUCUCAACAGAGCUGUCACUGGCAGAUCUUAAGUUUCAUUAUUCGAUUGUGAUGCGUAUUUCGAACGGCUUGGUGAGCCUAGAAAGGCGUGAAACACAAGUGUCACACAGUUAGCUGCGAAAAAUCGAUACCGUCAAUGUCAAUACCCAUUAGGGCAAAAUGCCCCUGGUUACAGUGUAAUAUGCCCCACAACAAGAGGAUGGUAUGCCCCACAGCAAUCGGUGAGUAUGCCUCACAACAAUGCACAAGAUUUGACCAUAGAAACUACAUCCCGUUAUUUUCGUUUUUCAAAGAAACAGUUGAUUUUAUACAUUGCAUUACUUCACCAAAAUUAUCCGUGUGAUGAAAUUAUGUCGCAAAAUCGCCAAAAAUAAGUCACUAGUUGGUUUAGUUAUUGUUUAUAUAACUGUUUGUUAUGAAUUUUAAAUGAAUUCGAAAUUCUAAUGCGAUAAUAACGACGACGCCCGUGAAUAUCCGCAAUUUCAUUAUACUCAUUCGAAAGCUUUUAAUUUUCUCUUUAAAAUAAGUCUACGGUAGUUUUGCGAAAACUUGCGAUAAGCAGUCAAAAUUCAAAGAAACUGUGAAUGGACGCAUGGUUAUUACUGAUAUUGAGUUUUAAUAAUCACUUUAUAGCUAGAAUAAUGACACGAGUGCAUCCACAAUUUUCAGAUAGCAUUGAAAGCAUGAUCAACGAGGGUUUUACUAGUGAUCAAGAGUGAGGAACCGAGUGGAAAUUAUAGUUUUUUAGAUGGUAAAGGGAUUGAGAGAACACAGUUGAUUUCUAGUCAUUUGGUAAGACCAUUUUGUAUAAUACUGAUAUUUCUCAAGGGUAAGCGAUAUUAUCCAAAUAAAAUAAGACCAUUUAUAAAUGACUACGCGAAAAAAGGGCUUUGGAUUUAUUUUUAUUUAAGAUAUAAAAUAAGUAAUCUAAGUAACUUAAACACACCUGCGAAAAAAAAUCGUUGAACAUCUUGUUGAUUAGUGAAUGUAACAUUCCACUAAUAUGCUCAAAAUCUUUGCUUUGAAAAUUAAAGAAAAUGUAGUUUUCAUAUCAAGUAACCCACUAAUGAAAUAAACUUUCCAAGAUUAGUCCAACACAUCUUAUUUAAUCCGUAAAAACUAAAUAAUCAUUUCUAAAGCACCAUAAUGAGAUGUAAAUCAAUUCGUUUCUAUGUGAAAAAUAAAUUCAGCGUACCACAAUUACUAUUGAAAAAUCAUUAUACUUACUUUUGAGCCACCCUAAUAGGUAGUAAAGCUAAUUUCUAUUUAUAUAACCAAAAUGGGAAUUCAGCAUACAAGAAUUCCUUUAAAAAAAAUUGAAGCUUCACAACAAAAUAAUUAUUUUAAGCCACUCUAAUGUAUAAUGAAGGUUUUUUUUACAAGUGCUGAUAUCAAAAACGAUUUGACAUACGACAUGCGAAAUAUACAAAAAAAUUUAAGAACAAUUUCGAUACAAUUUAUAUUUUUGAGACACCCUAAUGAAUAGUAAAUGUUUAUUUUUAAUAUGUUUUAAUAUCAAAAACGAAUUCAGCGUACCAAAAUUACAUAAAACCUCCCUAUUUGAGCCGAUAUGGCAAAGUUUUGGCUUUAGUCCACCUUUGGUCUAAGUCGUGCCACUGUGCAAUGGGCGGGGCGUUUUAGUCGGCGAUGAGCUGCUUCGAAUGCUUGAAUAAUUCUACAUGCACACAUAGUUUUAAGCCAAGCUAAAAACUAAGAUAGUAACUAUAAUAUUCUAGUAAGCUACUCGAAAUAGUUCUAUCAAAUCCGACUGUUUCUAAUUAAUUAUAAUGCUAGUGGAAAAAGUGGGAACAUACAUCAAAAUAGCUCAUUUGAAACUUUAGUGUAUAUUGUUGUUUUUGAACAUAUUAAAAAUACCCAACUAUUUUAGUACGUUGAUUUCAUGAAACGAUACUGUUAUUAUUAUGUUAUGUUAUUU